AUGUCAACCGUGCCCUCCCUGCGCAUCGGAAUCCUUCUGAUCCCACCGGUGCAACUCCUCGAUGCCUCAGCCAUUGAUCUCUUUGGAAUGCUCUCCCAUAAUUACCUUGAAGCAUGCGGCCUCCCAAAAGCCCUCGUCGACCUGGCCAUCCAGGUCGAGAUCCACUACAUCGCGGCGACGGGGUCGGGCACUCACGCCUCGAUGACGUCCUCGGCCACGCUUCCCGUGACGGACUCUCUCUCAUCACCAGCCGUUCAACCAGGCCAACUCGAUGCCCUUCUCAUCCCGGGCCCAGAUCCGAAUCUGAUCCCCGAGGACGAUAUUUUGGCUUUCCUCCGCGCGCACAAAGAAGCCGGCAAGACUGACUUUUUGAUCAUCUGUACCGGGAGCUUUCCUGCUGGGUACGCAGGGCUUUUGAACGGCAAGACCGUCACCGGGCCGAGAGGUCUGUUGGGCAAACUGAAGGAGAAGUUCCCUGCGGCGAAGUUUGUGGACCGGAGAUGGGAGAGAGACGGAAGAAUCUGGUCAUCGGGUAGGUUUCCUGUGCUGCCUCGACUGCCGUCGCACUUCUUGAGAUAUACCCCCUCUGUCGACUUUAUUGUUGGCAUCUCCUACUCCAUCAGUCUACUCAUUGCUGACUUUUCAGGCGGAAUCACAAACGGUCUCGAUCUCACGGCAGCGUAUCUACACCAUAAAGUCCAGAAGGAGCUCGCAGAUCUUGUCUGCGCCAUGGCAGAAGUAGGUGACCGACCGCAAGACUACGACAGCGGCAAGGCGAGCAACACGCUGUGGUGGAUGUGGUUAGUUCUGCGUUCGUUGGUGAAAGGCAAGAGCAAAGGAGGCGCCAAAGCUCUACAGAAAGAAGAUUAA